CUCUCGACUCAUUAUCUGAGCUUUAUGGCCUCUGUUCUGUAACAACUGAGGCCCGCUUCAUCUAAUGUACUGACCAAUCCUUAGAAGCUGUCAUAAAUCUUCAGCUGUGGAGCGCAGGACGCCAAGGACCUGCCGUGCACACGUCUUUCGAUGCUCACUUGAAGAGGAGCGUUGAGUCCACCUGAAGGCUCUCUCGCCGAAGCCCAUCGAGCCGGAGUCCAGGGCUGGUUUGAUUUAGAUUGGACAAUGCUGAAGCUACGGACGCUGAGAGUGAGGAACGCUCUGCUGAGAGAGUGCAUGGCUGAAUUCUUGGGAACUUUUAUCUUGAUGCUGUUUGGCUGUGCUGCAGCGGCACAGGUGAAGACCAGCAGAGAGACUAAAGGCCAGUACCUGUCCGUCAACAUGUCCUUCUCUGUGGGCGUCAUGUCAGCCAUGUACCUCACCAAGGGCAUUUCAGGCGCCCACCUGAACCCAGCGGUGACGCUGAGUUUCUGUGUUUUGGGUCAGGUUCGGUGGGGGCGGCUGGUACCUUACUGCCUCUCCCAGAUUCUCGGCGCGUAUGUUGCAUCAGCACUGGCCUUUCUGGUCUAUUAUGAUGCAAUAAUGGAGUUUAGUGGAGGUGUGUUGUCUGUUUAUGGCCCAAAUGAAACAGCCUCCAUAUUUGCCACAUAUCCAUCAGAAUACCUCACAGUAGGCAGGAGCUUCCUGGAUCAAGUGGUUGGAACAGGCAUGCUGAUGAUGUGCAUCCUGAGUUUGGAGGAAAGGAGGAACACCCCUGCUCCCUCUGAGCUGAUUCCUCCCAUCGUUGCAGUGAUUGUCCUCGGCAUCUCCAUGUCGAUGUCAGCUAACUGCGGCGCGGCCAUAAAUCCGGCUCGGGACCUCGGUCCGCGCCUCUUCUCUCUGACUGCAGGCUGGGGCACCGAAGUUUUCACGUGUUAUAACUACUGGUUCUGGGUGCCGCUGGUGGCUCCGCCUAUCGGAGGUGUUUUAGGUUCCUUCAUGUAUCUGAUCUUCAUCCACUGGCAGCUGCCUGACCCAGAACCUCCAGCGAGCCUGACCGUGGUCGACACCGUCAGCAACAAGGCCAACAAACCUGCCACCACCAUGUGGGAGAAAGAAGAAGAGUUGAAGUCAACACAUUUGUGAUGUUAAUUAAAAAUGUCAAAUGCU